AUGUACGGCAGUGUGCGGGGAAAGUGUUAUGAGGAAAUACGUCAAUGAUGUAGUGAACAAUACAACGUCGCUGGAUCCUGUCGAAAGGGUCUCACAAGUCUUGAUUCAUGAUGCGUUUAACGUCCAAAUCACUGCAAUGCCUAGAACGAUUACGAAGUUAUAAGCCUCCGUCGGAUACAUAUCCCAAUACUCCCAGGCUCCGAGCAGCAGUCCUAUUACUUUUGUUCGGUGGCAAGGAAGGCGAGCUUCGUGUACUUCUCACCGUACGUGCCAGAAAUAUGAGAACAUUCUCUGGAGAUGCAGCACUUCCUGGAGGUCGUGUUGACGAAGGAGAGACGAUAUGGCAAGCCGCUUUAAGAGAAGCUCAUGAAGAGAUUGCCUUGUUACCCGAUUCGGCUAUGGAGAAACUCACCUUGCUGCCUCCAUACCUUUCGCGGAAUCACCUGGUAGUAACACCCUGUGUUGCAUUUUGGCCAGCAGACAACGGACGGCCGAACUUCCGGCUUAACGAGGCCGAAGUAAGCAAAAUAUUCUCUGUCCCGUUCGAGGACUUCCUGAGCGGCAGGGAAGGGUGGUAUGACCCUCUUUCUCACACGACGUGGAAUGGUGAGAACUUUCCGUUGCAUCAGUUUGGGGGAGGUGGGGAAGGGCGCGUUUGGGGUUUGACGGCACGGAUGAUGAUUGAUGCUGCGAGAAUUGCGUACGGGGCGGAGCCUGACUUUCCAGUUGGGCUGGUGAGAGCGAAGGGCGGUAUAGGGGAUCAGGAGGAGUUCAUAUGGAGAGGAUUGGAGUGGGCAAAGAAGAACAAGCCAAGCAGGAAAGGACAACUAUGAUGUAAGAGCAGUUCGACAGAGAAUUGUGAACCUGUAGACCGCUACGUGAGCAAAGAAAUCGGGAACAUUUCAAGAAAACAACACCGUGUCCAAAGAAAGAGUCCUGGUCAUAAAUAUCCA